CGGACAAAAUAAACUCUUACGAAAUUGAGGCAUCAAAUUCCAUAGAUUCAAUGUUUAGUAACGUGGCACCAAAUCGAACCACUAACAGUACCAUGAUGUUAUGUAUUUGUUUAAGGAGGGUCAUUAACUCGGUGUGUUGGAGUGGUUUAUGAAUGAUGGCUUCUCAAAGUUUGAGUUUACCAACAACACACAUUACUUGCAAUCGGAUAAUUCAGAAGCUCGAUUCCAAGGUUUUGUUGUGGCCUUCACCUGUUCAUACCAAACCCACAAGAAUUUCUUCCUCGAUUCGGGCAAUGGGUUCUUCUGCUUCUUCCCAGUCACAGCACGCAGACAACAUUCAAUCUGAAGCAGGAACUGGCACUAUUGACUAUAAAUCUUUGAGUGAUGAAGAGUGGAAGAAGCGGCUCACAAAAGACCAAUUCUAUAUUACUCGUCAGAAGGGAACUGAAAGAGCCUUCACUGGGGAGUACUGGAAUACUAAAACCUCAGGGAUUUACCACUGCAUAUGUUGUGACACACCAUUAUUCGAAUCAUCUACUAAGUUUAAUAGUGGAACUGGGUGGCCAUCCUAUUACGAGCCUCUGGGCAACAAUGUGAAAUCAAAAUUGGAUUUGUCAAUUAUUUUCAUGCCUCGCCAGGAGGUUCUUUGUGCUACUUGUGAUGCGCAUCUUGGACAUGUGUUUGAUGAUGGUCCUCCUCCCACAGGAAAACGUUACUGUAUCAACAGUGCCGCCCUUAAGUUCAAACCAAGGGAGUAGAUAGUGAAACUGCCAUUCAGAAGAUGCAAUAAUGUAAGAGAUUGUGACUGUUGAGAAAUUGUAAAUGAUCUAUAUCUCAUAUUUUGUGCUCUUGUUCUUACUUAGGGAGGGCAAUGAAAAUUGUCCUGCACUUGUGAUGUAUAAAACACAGUAUUUAGAAUGUAGAAGCACGAUUACUAUAGUGAAGACUCAAAUUCUCAUACUAAUGAACUUCUUGAAGUGUCAGCAUGAACUUACCAUUGUUUUCUGACACUGUUAUAGUUUUUA